UAAAUAAUCGUUGUAAGAAUUAACGUGAGCGGAUACAUAAAGAAAAAACUGGUUUCUCAAAUAAUAUUAUAGAGAUCACAUUUUCUAGGAUUCGAAAUUCAGAUUCCAGAUAUAAAAGCAUUAGCUAAUCAUUAAUCAAACCAUUAAUUGAAUUAAGAGAAACUUCUACAACACAACAUAAUAUUUAUGUAACCACUAUAUAUAAUUUUUAACUAAAAUUUUGGAUUCAUCAUAACUAAUUUUAAAAAAAAUCAAAAGACAGAAUAAUUACGCCUUGCCGAGCAAGGUUGUAGUAAAUGUUCAAGAAGAAAAUACAAAUUUCCUUUUUUUUUUUUUUUUUUUUUUUUUUUUGAUAAUCCAGGGGUUCCCCGCUUCGCGGGUCAUUCCCCUGGGCCCGGGGCUGGAUCGAAACCAGUACCGCUUUGGUGUCCAGAAGAGGCAGGGUAGUUUCCGCAUGAGGAGGAAAUCGAACCCGGAUGGUGGUUGCCACCACAGGCCCGUCCUGCCACUUGGACUACCUCGUCUGGACUCCUUUUUUUAUUUUUCGAGGUAAAAAGAAAAGUAUAACCCUUUUUUACCUUUUUAUUCUUACAAUGUUAAGGGUUUAGGCCUCCUCCCACCGCUUACUCCACCAUGGCUCACACAACUGCAACGGCGAGGUACAUUGAUGAUGAAGAAGGUGAUGAGGACGUUUGCAGGAUCUGCAGAACUCCAGGGGAUACAGACAACCCUCUUCAAUAUCCAUGCGCCUGCAGGGGAAGCAUCAAGUUUGUGCACCAAGAUUGCCUCCUUCAAUGGCUUAGCUACUGCAAAGCUCAUCAAUGCGAGGUUUGCAAGCAUCGUUUUUCAUUCUCUCCGCUUUAUGCUGAACACGCUCCUACAAGACUCCCUUUCAAUGAGUUUGUUGUUGGCAUUGGGAUGAAAGUUUGCAGUUGCCGUGCUCUGCACGUCUUUCUUCGGUUGUGUUUAGUGCUUUCGGUCUGGUUUCUCACUAUUCCUUUCAUUACGUUUUGGACAUGGAGAUUGGCUUUUGUUCAGAGUUUUGGUGAAGCUCAGAGACUGUUCUUAAGCCACAUGUCCACCGUAGUUGUCCUAGCCGAUUGUUUGCUUGGUUUCUUACUAUCAACAACUAUCAUCUUCAUCCUCAGUGGAGCUGCCACAUUGAGGGACUACUUUAGGCAUUUGCGAAUGUACUUUCAAUUUUACGUGCGGUUUGGAAUGCAUGGUCCGGUGUAUGAUAAUGCGGCCUUUCCUGUAAGUUGAAUCAUGUUUCGUCCUUUUCUCAUUUAAAAAAUCUUAUAUGUAUGUGCAUAACUUUGCAGGUUCUGGCAAGCAAUAUGAUAUUCCUUGGUGUUGUCAUCUUUGUGCCCUUCACACUAGGACGGUUUAUAUUAUAUCAUGUGUUGUGUGUUUUUGCUGAUGCUAGAGGCCCUGCUUCGGUCUCAAAUUUGACUCACGAGGGACAAGAAAAUGGACUAGUAUCUCAUCUUUUGAAAUGUUUUGUUGCUGGAGCUGGACCACCAAAGCUAUACGUUGCUACAACUUGCACUGAUGGGCACAUGUUUGGAGACUGUCUUGUGUUCAUUUACCUUGGACUCAUUCCCUUGAUUCAAUACCUCAAGGGUGAGCCACUGACCGCUGGAAGAUUCUACGGUGGUGUUGCUUCAAUAGUAGAAACAAUACCACCUCUCCUUAGGCAGUUCUAUGGUGGUGUCGUGUUUGUCUUAAUGCUUGGUGUCGUCCCCUUGAUGUGCGGGUGGUUGUUAGAUGUUUGCACGGUUAAGGUGUUUGGUAAAACAAUGUCCCAUAGAGUAGAGUUUUUAUCGGUUUCUCCACUGGCGAGCUCACUUGUUCACUGGGUUGUUGGACUAUUGUACUUAUUGAAAAUAAUCAUAUUUGAGGAGCUUCUUCAACAGGUACCAUGGUCCCUCCUCAUUUAAGGUUUCUUUUCUGCUAAUAUCUAAUAUUUUUUUCCACUUUUGUGCAGGUUCUUCGCCCUGGAGUUUUGAAUUUCUUUUAUGAUCCCGAAUA